CCAACAUGUCCGUUGGUAGGGUAAUUCUGUUUUUUUAUUAUUCUUCACAGUAUGGCUCCAUCUCAUGGAAAUACUCGCUCAGAAGCAGCAAAGAUGGAGCAAAUCAUUACUGAAUUCUGUGCUAAAAGCCUUCGCAUGGUUCAAUUUAGCAUUGAGGGGAGCCCUGCUGCACUAGAAAAUUUUGAUCUCUGGCGCCAGAGCAAUCUUGAACCCAUCAUGGUUGAUGUGAUAUUAGAGCAGGGGUCAAUUGAUUGGGAGACUUUGUCUCCUAAAAGGAAUCUUCGUAGGAAUUUACCAUCAAAAGAGAGAUAUCCACAUUGCUGAAAUUCUGAUCAAGGCUUUUACCUGCAUACAAGAUUUUUCAUGUAGUGAAUUCAUAUGGUCAAACUCAUGCUUUUAAGCCUGUUCCUAGGGUGUCCCUUUUUGUUGAGCCCUUCACCUGAAAGAAGAGGCAGAAAUGCAGUGUUUUGGCUUUACCCCAGUGGAUACUUCUAGUUUAGGCUUUGCCUUUCAGUGUUUUCCUCGGAUAUAAACUUUGAGUCAUCCA